CUGCCGAUUGUUUAGGACUUCAGAAUACUGGACACACCUUGAAUGCCUGCAUAUAAAUCUGACCCAUCAUCAGCAUCAACUUCUGCCAGAAGAAGAACGCGUCUCACGCACUCCUGAUCAUGGAUCUUAGAAGCAUCACGUUCCUUCUUUUGCUGCAGCUCGUCGCACUCUGCCAAGCACGACCGGAAUGGAACCAGGCUGUCGAUAACGAGGACUUGAAGGACCCAGCGGACGAUAGCAUCUCAGGAACAAUCCUGAGGAUGAACAAUGGAUCUACUGCAUACCUGAUGGGGGACAUGGUACUCCCGAGAACACGGACUGCCAUGAAGUGCACGGCUAAGGAAUACAGCUGCCUGUGGCCAAAGUCCAGCAAUGGCAAAGUGGAGAUCCCCUACAUCAUCAUAGACAAAUACACGGAUACAGAGAGGCAAACCAUUGAAAUGGCCUUGAGAGAGAUUGAGGCCAGAACCUGCCUCCGUUUCAUCCCGCAAAGAAACCAGAGGGCUUACCUCAGUUUUGAGCCCAAAUAUGGGUGUUUUUCAAUGCUGGGCCGUAUGGGAGGGAAGCAGUUGGUGGCACUGCAGCGUUUCGGCUGCGUCCAGCAUGGCAUCAUCCAGCACGAGGUGUUGCACGCCUUGGGCUUCAACCACGAGCACACGCGUAGCGACCGCGACGAUUACAUCCGCAUCCACUGGGAGAACAUCCAGGAUUAUCACAAGAACAACUUUGAAAAGCAGGACACCAAUAAUCUCGGCAUCCCCUAUCACUAUGAUUCCAUAAUGCACUACGGAAAAACUGCCUUUGGAGUGCGCCAGGCCGUAACCAUGACACCCUUCCCUGAUCCUUCGCGUGAAAUCGGCCAGCGAAAGGGUCUCAACGAACGGGAUGUUCUCCAGGUCAAUCGCCUCUACAGGUGCUUCAAUUAGAAAACGUCGGAUGCAAUGUGACAUGCAACGCGACACUUUCAAUAAAAUAAUAUGAGGUUGAUUUCUUUUGGAUGUUUUGGUUCAGCGAGAGAAAAUCCGUUUUAGCAGAGAUGAAACAAUCAUCUUAACAAAGUUACAAGUUUUUGGGGAACGUUUUCAAACGGUGACAAAGAAUUAGAUGUUAAAAAACAAUGAAAAAAGGACUGGAGGGCAGAUAUGUAACAAUGUUUUGCGAAAUGAGUUCAUUUCCAUGGCUCAGCCUUGUUGUAAUUAAGUUGGGAAUUUGUAGAGUCACAGAAAAAAUGAGGGGGCGCGUCUCUUGCGCAGAGCUGCUGCUGACGACGUGUCAGGACAAAAAAGCUUAAACCUGGCGCUAACCCUGUCGAGAAUUUAGCAGUAUUUGUCAUCCGGCUACAUCCCACACUGUGUUCUUGUUUUUCUUCCACUCUUUGAAAUUCUCCACCGUCGUGAGAGAUGGCGGGUGUGCAAGGAUCGUGCGGAGACUCAGGCACAGAUUCCGACAAAGUUAAUUUGUCUAUCGUGUGAUCUAUGAUUGCACAAGCGGCUGCGACAGCGUGGCGUUUGGGACCGGUGGAGGAUUAAAUGCGAACUUUAAAGCCCGCAGACUCUUGACGGACGCCUUCAACAUUUCAGAGCAGAGUUUGGCUCCAUAUUCAAUUUUGCGGGCGGGAAAUAUUUACACGCUUCAUGCUUUUUUGAAAUAUUUAACACCCUCGCCAUGUAUGCGCCGAGAAGCCCUGAUUUAAGUCAAAUUACAAAAUGACCUGGUCCAGGAUCCCGGAUCUUUUGACAGGAGUGCAAACAUGGCCGCCGCUGCGACAAAACGUCAAGGCUAAAAAGUUGACCGAGUUGACAAACGUAACUGAAAUACUGAAUGUGACUUGUUAUCUGAACAGCUCAUAAAACGCACAAAGCAGAAUUUUACUUUCCUCGCCACUGGCUUUCGUACAAUACGAGGCUUUGACAAUCGCAAUUGAGUUGGCCGUUCCCCAAUGUUUCAGUCAUUUAGUGCCUUUUGUCGCGGGUCCCUGCGGUGCCACUCGACGACAAGACGCCGUCGUUAGCCAGUGUUUUUGCGCCUUAUAAAAUGAUGAAAAUGACUCGGAUGGAUGUUCUAAUUGCAGCCACUAUAGCCUUUUGUUAUCAUCACUUAAACCUGUGAGUAGGAUUUGACUCCCCCCCAUGUGGCGUUUGUAUUAAAAAGUGUACCGAGAAGGGAUUUAGCACAAGAAGCGGUGUCCAAUAACUCUUUAUAAGCAAUUACGCUUUUCUCUCUGCAGCCUUAAAAACGACAACUAGUUUGAGCGUGUGUCCUAUUUCAUGAAGUAAUUAUGGACUAUUUAACUGGCAAAUGUACUUUUUCGGUUAUUUUCUACUGUGUAAGCAACAAGGUUGAUGUUAAAUGAAAGAGAAUAUGCUUGAUUAUUUGUGUCGGAUAGAAAGAAUUUUCUAUUGAAGUGUGACUCAUUUUCAACAGCAAGUUGUUGUAAUUUAAUUAAGAAAAUUAUUCUUGUUUUAUCUGCAGUAACUAUUUGUGCAAUUAUUUUUUCUUGAAGAAAUGGGGGAAAGUUUAUUUUCUUGUACUUUUUAUCAAGAAAUAGC